AUCCCGUCCCCCACACACCUCACGCACGCUCCAGCCAAGAAGACGCACCCACGUACGCGAGCCAUGGCCACCGCGUCCCUGUCCGCCGUCGCGGCGCCGCUGUCCGUCGCCGGGCUCAACAAGCAGCUCGGCGCCGCCUCGUUCCGGCCCCUGGCGGCCAGGCCCGCCGCGAGGAUGACGGCCGUCAGGGCGUCGUUGUCGGCGUCCGCGCAGGAGAAGCUCACCGCCGGGCUCACGGCCGCGGCCGUCGCGGCCGCGUUCGUGCUGCCCGAGGUCGCCGAGGCCGCGUCCCCGGGCCUCUCCCCGUCGCUCAAGAACUUCCUCCUCAGCAUCGUCUCCGGCGGGGUCGUCUUCGCCGGCAUCGCCGGAGCCGUCGUCGCCGUCUCCAACUUCGACCCCGUCAAGAGGACCUGAGCGAGCGUGCACGCCUAGCUCGCUCGAAUUUGUAUCGCGACAAUCUCUUGCUGUGUUGUUUAUUCGGACACUCUGUACGUAGAAGAGAUCCAUGACAAAUGGAGUUCUGAUUAAAUGGUUGUGUAUACUC